UUCGCUGAUAAGAAGGAAGUUUGUGUGAGGGUUUAGAGAACAAAAUCAAGGAACCUUUGAUGUUGAGGCCAGGCCCACACAGCUGUGGCAGAGCCUAUGUGGGGCAUCAUUAGGAAUGGGGGGGGGGGGGGUCCGGGGGUCUGGGUGGGCUGUGCACAGCUCAAGGGCAGAGCCCCCACAGGCAGAGCUCUCAGCUGGUGCUGACAUAGGAACCGAAAGGCUCAUUCUCUUAGUUUGUGAAUGAGACAGAACGGAUUCUUUCCAGACACAGAUGGUGGAAGGGAGGUGACUGACGGAGGGGAAGGCCUAUGAGGUAGUUAUAAUAUUAUUUUACAGUAAAAGAAAUAAAAAUCGAGGCUCAGGGACAUUAUAUGCCUUGUCUAGGAAUACCCAGCUCGUGAGAGGCUGAGCUGGCAUCCCAGGCCUGGGUCUCACUCUCUCCUUUUCCUUUAAAAUUCAGCCUGGGCGCAUCUCCUGUCACACCCUGACCCCCGGCGGGCCUUCUCAGAGAGAAGCUCCCCUGAGUGUGCCCCUCUGGGCAGGGACUGAAGCAGAUGAGGGUGUCACAGGCCUGCUCUCUGGCCUUCCUGCCGGUUUCUCUGCAUCCUGGAGCUAAUGAGGGCGGAGGGAGGGGCCACCGGUCCAGCAGGGGCUCAUUACAGGAGGACUCAGGCCCUGGGGAGGGCCUGGCUAUAACAGGAGCGCAGACUGGGGACAAGGAUUGCAUCACGGAGAGGCUGUUUCCAUCUGUGCAUGUCCCGGUGUCCUGUCUCCCUCGGAAAAGCUGGGGCUGCGGGCAGAGGAGAGGGGAGGGCAGGAUGUCUGUGUUCUUCCUGUACCACCGGAGGAAGAUGCAGGAGAGCAGCAUUGAUGACCUGAUGAAGAGCCUCGACAAAAACAGCGACCAGGAGAUCGACUUCAAGGAGUACUCGGUGUUCCUGACCACACUGUGCAUGGCCUAUAACGACUUCUUUCUGGAGGACCGCAAGUGACGGCUCAGCCCCGCCCAGCCUCCGCAGCGCCUCUCACGGCGCCCUGUGCCCUCUCUCCCGCUGUCCCGUCCAGCAGAGGAAAUAAAGA